UUGUGUCAAUGUGUUUUCACAUCUCCAAUAAUUUGGUUGGUUUUUUUAGUUUUUUAAAAAAGUCGUGUUGCCGCGAUCGGAUCGGAUUCCGCACUACCUGGACUACCUGGUGCCCAGCAACGAGCAACGUAACCUUUGACCGCACGCACCGCCUUCCAUCGCCCCCAGUGAAAUGUCGCUGAAUCCGCAGUACGAGGACAUCGGCAAGGGAUUUGUGCAGCAGUACUAUGCGAUAUUCGACGACCCGGCGAAUCGGGCGAACGUGGUCAACUUCUACAGCGCUACCGACUCCUUCAUGACCUUCGAAGGUCACCAAAUACAGGGUGCACCCAAGAUCCUCGAGAAAGUUCAGAGUCUGAGUUUUCAGAAGAUCACCCGAGUGAUAACCACAGUAGAUUCGCAGCCCACAUUCGACGGCGGAGUGCUGAUUAAUGUCCUCGGACGGCUACAGUGCGACGACGAUCCCCCGCACGCCUUCUCGCAGGUCUUCGUCCUGAAGGCCAACGCCGGCACCUUCUUCGUGGCCCACGACAUCUUCCGCCUGAACAUCCACAACUCUGCCUAGGAGCCCCCCACUCCGCUGGACGUGUGUCCAAAACUAUUUAUCCGCACCACUCAGCAACACACACACACUCAACCGACAUCCAAAGAUGCCCGGCCCCCAACGACAUCAACUGGCCGGCAGUGGAACUCAAUAGAAAAAUAAAACUAACAAUGCAAAGCAGAAGCAGCAGCAGCAGCGGUCUCACGUUUAUCAACAGAUGAAAAAAGCAACAGAAAAAAAAGAAAAAACACACAGUAAAAAGAAGAACUAAAUUGUAACUACUAUUACGAUGUAAACAAAAUGGGCCACCAGCUCACCCAUUCUUGUGUCCCAUUGCGCCCGGUACUCUCGAUUUGCGGGGCCCCAUCGAAUUGUAUGUUCCGCGAACACCUGGAUCUCGGGAUCUAAUUUAGCUAGGGCUAUCAAAUUUGGCAUGUGGUCUGCUACGAGCUUGCUUUUCAUUUUCCCAGGAAAAUAAUCAAAAACCGUUGGCAACUACGUGCACUAAAAUUGAUUGUUUGCUUAGGUAUUUCCUAUAGAUUCUAUACAUUUUCACUUGAGUCUUAUUCGGUUAUGUACUGUAAUUAUUGAAAUACUUUUAGAUAGCCGUAUUGCAAUGUUUUGUAUCGAAUACCCACUUCUUAAACCGUGGCCUGAGUACCGGGACUAUAACAUGGUCGAGAAUAUCGACUCUAGCUUUCUUGUAUGACUAAUUGAGUGAUGGCGAAUUACUUUUUAUUGAGACAAAAAAAAAGAACACUUAAAUAUAAAGAUUAACGUUAGCA